GCUCUUAUGCCCAAUAUCGAGUAUCUUGACCUAUCGGACAACCUUCUUACAGAAGUCUUUCCCCUAUGUCAACUAACUAGGUUGCGUGAGCUUCGACUCGCCGGAAACUUGUUAUAUGCUGGCGAAGAACCCGAUUUGGAGCCGUCACCAAUUCCAUUAAAUCUUUCGCAAUCACCUUCAAGUUGGUCGCCCUCCAUUCCCGGACACUCUUCGGUUGAUUCGCCUAGCGUCGCGGUUAAACGCUACGGGGGUCUCCGAAGUCGUAAAGAGGUUGUGUACAUGGAACAAUCUUCUCUUGCGUCCUCAGAGGAGGACAAAAAGCAUACCGAUGAAUUUGUUAGACGAAUUCGUAACGAAAACAAGCAGCAGGUAAAAAAUCACGAUGAAGAUAGCGAAAAUUAUAUAGCUCCAAAAAAGAAUAGAGACACGGAUAGAGAUAGCUGCUCUGGAGUUGAUAACAACCUCACCUUCAUCUCUUAG